CGCUUGCGGCACUGACGGAGCCCGGUCAUCAAAACGUCGUCGUCGCGCUUGAAUCGAGAAUGUUUCUAUGUUUCUCAAAAUUCAACUGAUAUUCCAAGUACCAGUGUGUGUGUGUUUAGUGUGUGCUAAAGUGUCAAACUAUAUUUUAAAUAUAUCCAAAGUAUAUACCUGAUUUACCAAUUUCAAGCUGUUUGUUUGACUUGACAACUAUACAGUUUAGAAAGACCGUCGGCAAGUGCUCGGGUUUGUCUAUACAAAUACUGCAGUUUCUUAAUAACCCGAAAAAAUAACAACUAAAUAAAACUAUAAUCUGAAGAGAUCACAGCAACAUAUCUACCUUCCUGUAUUAUAGUGACAUUCGAUAAAUAGAACAACUGCUGAAACGCAAGUAAAUCGUUGAAAUCGCUGGAUUCGCUCUUGGAUUAUGGGCAUAUCGGAGGAGGUCAAGCUGGAGGAAUUACCGCAAGAAGCCAAGUUAGCACACCCACAUCCGGAUGCUGUUACCGAUCGUGAUCGUGAUCGGGAUCGUGCAUCGGUGACAGCUUCGGGUGCAGUGCCGAGCGGUGCUAGCGGUGGGACAAACAGUCCCAUUUCGGAUCCCAACAGCGAUUGCGAGGCAGAUGAAUAUGCUCCGAAGCGUAAACAACGAAGAUAUCGCACCACAUUCACCAGUUUUCAACUGGAGGAACUGGAGAAGGCAUUCUCUCGGACCCAUUAUCCCGAUGUGUUUACGAGAGAGGAGCUGGCGAUGAAAAUUGGAUUAACCGAGGCGCGGAUACAGGUCUGGUUCCAGAAUCGACGCGCCAAGUGGCGUAAGCAGGAAAAGGUUGGACCCCAGUCACAUCCAUAUAAUCCAUAUUUGCCCAGCGGCGCCGCCAGCAUGCAAACCGUGGUGGGUGCCGCCCUGCCCCAUCCCUUCACCCAUUUGGGCUUCCAGCUGCGCAAACCCUUCGAUACGCCCGCCAAUUUGGCCGCCUUUCGCUAUCCGCACUUGUCGGCGGCCCCAAUGAUACCAUCGGGCUACUUCAAUCAGUUCCAGCGUGCACCACCGCACAUGCUGCCACCUGGCAUGGCAUCGAUGUAUUCGCCCUCGAGCUCGUUUCAAUCGCUGUUGGCCAACAUGACGGCGGUGCCACAUCCACGUGCCCCACCCAUGCCGUCGAUGGGCGCCAAGCCGCCCAUGUUGGUGGGUUCUCCGGAUCUGCACUCGCCCAAUAAUCAUAUGCUGGCCUCGCCUCCCCAUUCGCCGGGUUCGCAGCUGUCCCAGGCGGGUGCUGGUGCUGCUCCUCCUUCGCUGCCGCCGUCGCAGCUGUCGCCACAGCAGCUGGUGGGCAUCUCGCUCACACAUCAGGCACCGCCGCCCAGUUCGCCCACACAAUCGGCCCCUGUGGCCUUGACCUUGACGCACUCGCAUGCGCAUUCGCAUUCGGUGGCGCCACCCCAGCGUGCCGCAACGCCGCCCGAGGAUCGACGCACUUCCUCCAUUGCCGCGUUGAGGCUGAAGGCGCGAGAGCACGAGCUGAAACUGGAGCUGCUGCGCCAGAAUGGACACAGUGGCGAUGUGGUCAGCUAGCCAAGGAAGAGCAUCUCCUGUAGUCCUAAGCUUCUUCUCCUUCUGCUCCAUUUCUUCCACUUAAAUUAUUUGAAACGGAACUUGCAUUUUAUGUUUGUAACUGAAUCACGGAAUUUCCAUUAAUAAAGUUGAAACCACAGACGUCAAACUGUUUGUGAUUAACUAUAUACACAAAA